AUGGUUAAAGAAUAUGGACAACCACAAUCAAAGAAACGAAGGAUUAGUAGUAAACUAUUUAAUCUUCCCUCAGAAGUAAUUGAUCGUAUAAUUUACUAUUUACCUGAUGAUUGUUUGGAAAAUUGUAUUGACUUACCACUCAUAGGAAAUUAUGCUCUAAAUAGACUUUAUGCAUAUAUUGAGAUUAUCUCUUCAUAUACACUGUGUUGGGAGGAUAUGGGCCCAAAAGGUUACGAAUCGUUUUCAAGUUUGAAAAGGUACCAGUCACUACCAAGCUUCCUUUUUCAAGUUAACAACUGUUCAUAUAAGGCAUGGCGAGUCAAUGAUUUUGUCCAAUUUACAAAAUCAAGAACUGAAUUUAGACCUAAGGUUGUUCAUUUUGUCCUGGUGGAACAGUUGGGUUGGCUUUAUAAACGUUAUCCUCACUUGUUAAAUCAAUUACCACGGAUUGAUCUUUCAUUCGGACUAACUAUUCAAAGAGUUUGCGACAUCCCAAAAGAAUAUGUCAGGAAGAUUUUGGACAAUAAAAUCACUGAUGAUUUCCUUGUUAACCUUAUCAAGCAAGGUUGGGGUGAAAAUGUCAAAGUGCUUGAAUUACUGGGGCCCAGUUUGGAGAAUCUCCCCAGUUUGUUUCCAAACUUGCAAAGAUUAAGAUUUGUGCGUAUAGACUUAUCCGAGAGCCCGUUGCCUCCUUUACCAUUAAGUUUAGAGUUUUUGCAACUAUUUACUGAUGAUUUCGACAAAUUGGAUGUUUCCUAUCUAGAAAAUUUGAAAGAAAUUGUUUUUGACUGUUUCAAUCCCUUGAAUAGAUUGGACAGGUUCAAAUUUCCUCUUGGAAUCGAACGAGUACGUAUGAUGGGUUCAAUCGGUGAUGAUUUUAAAAUAAACAUUGAAAGCUUGGAUAGUAUAGAACAAUACACUAAUCUAAAAGAGUUCCGGAUCGAACAUGGUGAGCUAUGUGAAAAGACCAAGAUCUUUUCAAAGAGAACGAACUUCCCUGAUAACUUACAAAACCUUGAAAUAACUUUCUUUCAUCUUUGCACCAACGCGGAACCUUGGGAGCCACUUGGAACUGUGCGUGGCAAUUUGAGUCUUCCUAACAACCUACGGGCUCUCCUACUUAGAACUUUUCAAAUUCACUAUACUCCUAAGCUUUUGAUAUUUCCCGAAUCAUUAAGGGCAUUGUCAAUUGUAAAUGAACGGACUGGAAUGGAGAAAAUUUGGCAGCGGAAAGGCUACGCGAAAGAAGAUUGGUCGGUUACAAGAUUUCCUUCUUCUCUUGUUGAAUUGCACCUAUUGCUUGAUACAAUAGACGGAAUCACAUUCCCCAAAUCGUUACAAAAAAUGACUUUAAAGAAUAGGGUUUCUCUUAAAUCGGUGAAUUUCCUUGAACUUGGAAAUUUAGUUCAACUUAAACUUGAUUGGUCAGACACAGAAGAACUUAUUGACGCACCAAAUUUGAAACUGGUGCAAUUUUCAGAAUCUUACUUUGAAAGCUUGGAUAAUUCUUGUUUUCUGCUUCCUGCUUCUGUUGAGGUGCUUUCUAUUUCUGGCCCUCGUUACCGACACGAUUCUGGUGGUUCCUUAAGUAUAGCUGCAAAUGCAUUCCCUCCACUAAUUAAGGAAUUAUAUUUAAAACGGUGCAAGGUUACAUCUGAUACUUUUGAGGAACUUCAUUUAAGAGCUUAUAAGAACCUUGAGGCUUUGGAUUUACUGAAUAACAAAAUCUCACGAUUAGAGAACAAUAUAUUUCCAUUGUCCUUACAAUAUUUACGUCUUGAUGAGAAUCCGAUUUCCGCAGUUUCCACUCCAAAUGUGUUUUCAGAACUAAAAAACUUGCGUAAGUUAAUAAUGUCAGGCACGUUAGGUUUGGUACGCCAGUCGAGAGAUCUUCCAAAACCAAACAGCCUGGUUUCUAGACAGAAGGACAUCGCGAAUUAUCUCCAGUCAGACCAGGCGAACAUGUUAAAUUUCCCAUCAUCUUUGAUUAGCUUGAAUCUCUCUAAUAACCAUCUACAAAAGGGAGUAGCUCUGAAGCUCGGCCUUCUGAACUGUUGUCAACUACAGGAAGUCUGCUUAGGUGGAAAUCGAGAAAUGACAGAUAUACAAAUUAUUGUGGACCAGCUCAAAUCGUCGAGCCCAAACAUGGUUGAGCUAUUCUUGGAUCGUGAGCUUCAAGAGUACAUUAAUGAAGGAGAAGUUAGUUUCUUGAAUUUUUCAUAA